AUGGUGGCCGGACGCAUACUGAGGCCGCGUAGCUCAACUACUCGUCCCCGUACCAACAAAGACGCUAAGGCGACUGACGGCGAUUCUGAAAGCCCGUAUGAUGACUUAGACGAUGACUACAGUGGUGACAACAGCGAUUACGAAGAUGAAGGGGCAGGAGAUGCGAGUGAUGAGGAUGAGUCCUACCGUAAACGUGAACCACGUACAGACGGGGCAUCUCGUAGCCCUCCUGUCGUCGAUACGGAACCUGGUACAUUAAAUUCUACGACUAUAUCAGAUCGCACUACUGAAGUUUACCAAACAAAUGUCGAUAGCAGUGCUACCACGGAUCAUUUGUUACAAGAUGCACGUAAUCUGUGUUUUAGCCACAUGCCCAGGAUCCCAGGUACUAGUUAUAGGUUCCAAAUUGGUGAGCUUGCAUAUGUAAAAUGGAAAGGUGAACUUAAUGUGGUAGUGAUCCACUAUGCUUCCCAGAAGUUGGUAACCUCUAAAGCACGACCUAAGGAUAAGACGAGUAGUGAAGCGGGCAAUGGCGCUACGGACGAAAAGGAAACACAGUCAAGUCAACAACGAACAUCCUCUAUUGGGAAUGACAAGGGUGACGAUGGAGAUAGCUCAUCAGAUAGCUCUGAUAGCUCGGAGGAAGCGACGGAUGAGCGCAGUGAUGAGGAGGUUGAACCUGAACCUGUUAAAAAGCGUGGUACCAGAGCGGACCGCCCACCACGUGGUGGGCGUAGGUUGGUGAUAAAUAUGAGUUACAGCGGAGAGGAUGUUAAUCGUAAAAUCUUCAGAGAUGUAUCUUCGCAGAGACUAUAUGAAAAGAUCAACGAGUUGCAACCUUUAACCGUCAGAAUAGAUAAAGACGUGCCUCCCGACAUCUUGGCGUACGAUGAGAGUGCGACUAAGAGUGAUGAAGAUCAUGUGGUGAAGCGUUAUUUCGUACCCAUCUACUUUGUUACUUUUCCUGGUUACAAAAAACGUUGCGCCAAAUCAUUCAGGUUCUGGGUAAAGGAAAAGGAUUUGAUUAAAUUUAAUUCUGUCACCCUUCCGACUAAGAAAACACAAAAGCCGAUCAUUGUGGAUAAACCGAUCGAAGGUGAUUGUAAUACAGAGGCUUGGGCAACACGACAAGUACAGGGUAUCAACGAAUAUGUGUAUGACGUAGCAUAUAACGUUUAUAGGUACAAAUCAAUCCACUCCGAUGUUCACAGAGCGGCUGGAAUGUCUCCGUGGUGUGUGCCUAAAGUACUCAAGGAGCUCGUGCAAAAACAGCAUUCGCAUAUUACCAAGUCAUGCACCGAAGAGAUAAACUACUACUCCACGGCAGUGUCGGAGAUGUUCUCCCUGGCCCCUCUUACGGAACGUCUUUCUGCGUAUGCUUUAGUCCAAAAUUUCAAAUAUGUUGUGAUUUUGCUGGCUAACCUGAUCGCCAAGAAAGGUGGUUCGGGACAACCGUCUAAGAAUAAAGGCGAGUGUUCAGCACGCGAAGUUGAAACUUCACCUCGAAAUUGUCAUGUAGACGAAGUAUCUGUACCUUCAUUACGCUUUCUAGAUCACCUGCAGUCCGCCUUGAGUUCACAUGUUACUGCACGGCAGUUCCAGGAGAUAUAUGUGAACAACAUUUACUGGUUGGACAUUUACUUGGCUUACGUGGACAAGAUGUUCAUACAUACCCAUUGUUACAACGAGCAAGAGCACGAGUUUUUGUAUAUGAUGAAGUAUUCUCAUAAAAAGCCGUUGUCACACAUAUUAGGGUUGGAACACUUUGCGCGUGUGUUCUGCUAUCCUGUGUUACACGAUAGUCUGCUGAAACGAGUUAACCGCGGUGGACAGCCGUUCCCGGUAUAUCUGCCGAUAACACAGCUGUUGCUUCAGUACAUGGCUUUCGUUUCUAUAGAUUACGCGCAUAACCAGAAAUACUUCCCAUCGCACGUAGAGGGCGGUCUUUUCAAAAUCAGCCAUCUGAAGUUAACUUGA